AACAAACUACGACGAACUUACAUACUUCUUAUCAAUUUGGCCGUAGCCGAUCUUUCCGUUGGAUUCGCAUACGUGACACCACAUUUGACGGUGUUAGCACUUCCUAGUUACAUUAGAAAAUCUAAACCUAAUGUCCCGACUUAUUACUAUCUUGUAAUCCAAUUUUAAGUCACAUUUUUAAGUACAUCGAUGUUCUUUCUGGUUCUUAUUUCUCUGGAACGUGCAUUUGCUUUGAUUUGGCCGCUUCUUCAUCGAACAACAAGCACGAAGACGUUCAUCUACGGUGUCCUCGCCGCUUGGUUAGCAGGUGUUUCU